AAAAAAACGAAAACACUCUAUUUUUGAUAAAUCACUUAUCACUUUGAUAACGUUAUGUAUUAUAAAAAAUAAAAUACCUUUACAUAUUAAGCAUUCCAAAAUGUACCGAACUUUCGUACUUUUUCUUCUUAUAAGCAGCACCUACUGCGACAGCUCUACCUUAAACAAUCACCACUUUCCCAAAAACUUUAAAUUAGGUGCAGCUACUGCAGCUUACCAAAUAGAAGGUGGCUGGAAUGAAGAUGGAAAAGGGGUUCAUAUGUGGGACUGGUACACCCAUACCUUUCCAGAAAAAAUAAAGUUCAACUAUACAGCAGAUGUGGCUUGCGAUAGCUACCACAAAUGGGAAGAGGAUGUUAAAUUACUUAAGAACUUAGGGGUAAGCCAUUAUAGGAUGUCUAUAUCGUGGAGCAGGAUAUUACCUAAUGGGACUGCCAACAAUAUAAACCUAAAAGGAGUUGAGUAUUACCUCAAUAUAUUUAAGGCACUAAAGGAGGCUAACAUUGAACCAAUGGUAACACUGUACCACUGGGACUUGCCCAUUUAUUUUCACGAAAUGGGUGGCUGGUACAACCCUCUAUUAGCAAAAUAUUUUGGCGAGUAUGCCAGAGUUUGUUAUAAAUAUUUUGGGGAAUAUGUUAAGACAUGGAUUACUAUAAACGAACCACAAUCAACCUGUUUGGGAGGUUAUGCUGAAGGCACAAAGGCUCCAGGGUAUAUCCAUAUGGGCGAAGGCCUUUAUCAAUGUGCAUAUGUCCACUUGCUAGCUCACGCAAGUGCUUACCAUAUUUAUGAUAAAGAAUUUAGAGAAGCUCAACAAGGAAGAAUUUCAAUAGUAAUUGACUCAGGAUGGGCUGAACCAGCUUCGGAUAGUGAUUCUGAUGUUUCAGCCGCUCAGGUGGAGAGGGAUUUUGUGUUGGGUAUUUAUGCAAAUCCUAUAUACAAUGGUGACUGGCCACAAGCUGUCAUAGAUAAUGUAGCUCAAAGGAGUUAUUUGGAAGGAUUUCCAAAAUCGAGGUUGCCUCAAUUAACGCAAGAAGAAAUUGAUUUUAUUAAUGGAACAUCAGAUUUCUUUUGUCUUAAUACGUAUUCAACAAAUUAUAUUACUUCGGGUAACAAAGUAAAUGAAAGCAUUGGAGAUCCAAGUUACUACCUUGACAAAGGUACGUCCUCUUUUGUGGAUCCUUCCUGGCCCUCAGAUGUCCAGUGGGUCCACUUAGUGCCAUGGGGUUUCCGUAAAUUACUAAAAUACGUUUAUGAACACUUCAAUCAUCCUGAAAUAUUUGUAACUGAAAAUGGAUGGGCGGACUUAACAGGCCAACUGAAUGAUACUAAUAGGAUUACUUAUAUUAGUGAGUAUCUCAGUGCAUUGCUUGAUGCUCACUACGAAGAUGGUGUUAAUGUUACUGGCUAUACAGUGUGGAGUUUGCUGGAUAAUUUUGAGUGGACCAAUGGCUAUACGCAAAAAUUGGGUCUAGUUCAAGUGGACUUUCAAAGCGAAAACCGUACAAGGACCCCAAAAGAUUCUUUCAAAUGGUAUCAAGGUGUUAUAGAAAAAAGAUGUCUGGUAGAGGAGUGUAUUGAAUAAAAAUUAAAUAAUGAAAAUUUUAAUCACUGGAUAUUAUAAAAUAAAUUGUUUUUUUAAUCAUUAAAAGGCA